AUGACAAUCUAUUUUAUAGUGAACGUGGCCGUUGUUUUCACAGCUUUUGUGGGGAAUCUCCUGGUCAUACUGGUUGUUACCUUUAACAGAAUUUUCCACAAAAUGAAACAUUUUCUUCUGGCAAGUUUGGCACUGUCCGAUUUCAUAUUUGUGACCUUCAUCCAAAUUUCCCGGUUAGUUUCCGUGGCGUACAAAGAAUGGAUCUUUGGUGAACAGAUGUGUCAAGGUACUGCAUUUCUCGCUCGAAUUCUGUACGUCAACACUUUUUUUCAUCUUUGUGCCGUGUCCUACGAACGAUACCUAGCCAUAGUCAAGGAUCAUCUCACCUAUGACGGCCGCAUUACAGCUAGAAAGAUCGUCUUAUCAACCAUUGUACUGUGGAUUCUGCCAACUAUAAUCUCUCUUGGCCCAUUUCUUGGCUGGGGAGCUUUCGAGUACAAACCAAUAAUUUACGCAUGCGGACAGCGUUUCGACAGCGAGACAACGUUUCCGUUUUUACUCAUGUUCAUCGCGCCACUUCUGUUUAUUUACCUGUUGAACUACAAAGUGUUUCAAACUGCAAGACGGCUUGAGCGAGAAGUCAGAAUUAGGCUUGGUAGCAUCAGCGAGAUGAAUGUUCAAACGACGCCGCAACUUGAGCAAUUUACUGAUCGAAACGGUAUCAUUUGUCAGCAUCAAGAUGAAGGGAACCUCGAGGUUAAGAGUCGGAAAGAAGAGAGUUUUAGAAGGGAACGAGCCGUCACUGAAGAGGUUGCCAGCAAAAACCCAUAUCGCAAGAUGUGGAACUAUAAGUUCUGUGGAGCUAAGCAAGUUAACCUCGAGCCUUAUCAAUCCAGUGCUCAGUAUGGUCAUAUAAUGAAGUGCAGUGAUUAUUACCAUCCAGAGACAAACCAGCCACACCCACCGGUAAGGGAACCACACCAAGGUCCCGAAAGAGUCGUUGUUCCAGCUGUUGCUCAGCAACGUAACCAAACGGGUGCAAAGAAAACGCCGGCUUCAGGGGGUUUAGUGAAAAUUCUAAAAGAAUGCAGAGCCGCUAGAGAUGUCAUGAUUACAGCUGGAGCACUUGUGGUGUGCUUUCUGCCCGUCUGGAUCUUUAACAUCUACUACAUGUUUACAGACGAAGCUCCAAGUAGUGGGGAAAUGAUACUUGUCAGCAGCUUGUACUGCUCAACAACUAUAUGUAAUCCCAUUAUUUAUUCAGUCCGUACGAAGCAAUUUAGACAAGCAGUAAGAAAAAUGUUUAAGAUAUAG